GACAAGGUUCCUGCCGGUGAGGACAAGGUCACUGGCGUUGAGGAAAAGGUUACUGGAGGUGAGAACAAGGUUCCUGGGGCUAAGGACAUGGUUUCUGGCGCCGAGGACAAGGUUCCUGGCGCUGAGGACAAGGUUCCUGGCAGUGAGGACAAGGUUACUGGCGGUGAGGACAAGGUUCCUGGUGGUGAAGACAAGGGUCCUGGUGGUGAGGACACGGUUGCAGGCGGUGAGGACAAGGUUACUGGCGGUGAGGACAAGGUUACUGGCGGUGAGGACAAGGUUCCUGGUGGUGAGGACAAGGUUCCUGCCGCUAAGGACAUGGUUCCUGGCGCCGAGGACAAGGUUCCUGGCGCUGAGGACAAGGUUCCUGGUAGUGAGGACGAGGUUCCUCGCAGUGAGGACAAGUUUACUGGCGGUGAGGACAAGGUUCCUGGUGGUGAAGACAAGGGACCUGGUGGUGAGGACACGGUUGCUGGCGGUGAGGACAAGGUUACUGGCGGUGAGGACAAGGUUACUGGCGGUGAGAACAAGGUUCCUGGUGCCGAGGACGAAGUUCCUGGGGCGGUGAGGAUAAGGUUCCUGGCGCUGAGGACAAGGUUCCUGGCGGUGAGGACAAGCUUCCUGGCAGUCAGGACAAGGUUACUGGCGGUGAGGACAAGGUUCCUGGCGGAGAGGACAAGAUUCCUGGCGCUGAGGACAAGGUUCCUGGCGGUGAGGACAAGGUUCCUGGCAGUCAGGACAAGGUUCCAGGCGGAGAGGACAAGAUUCUUGGCGGUGAGGACAACGUUCCUGGCGGUGAGGACAAGGUUGCCGGCGGUGAGAACAAGGUUACUGGCGGUAAAGACAAAGUUGCUGGCGGUGAGGACAAGGUUCGUGGCGGUGAGGAAAAGGUUGCUGGCGGUUAGGACAAGGUUCCUAGUGCCGAGGACAAGGUUCCUGGCGCUGAGGACAAGGUUCCUGGUAGUGAGGACGAGGUUCCUGGCAGUGAGGACAAGGUUACUGGCGGUGAGGACAAGGUUCCUGGUGGUGAGGACAAGGGUCCCGGUGGUGAGGACAAGGUUGCUGGCGGUGAGGACAAGGUUACUGGCGGUGAGGACAAGGUUUCUGGUGCCGAAGACGAAGUUCCUGGCGGUGAGGAUAAGGUUCCUGGGGGUGAGAACAAGGUUCCUGGCGGUGACGACAAGGUUCCUGGCAGUAAAGACAAGGUUCGUGGCGGUGAGAACAAGGUUCCUGGAGGUGAGGACAAGGUUGCUGGCGGUGAGGACAAGGUUCCUGCCGGUGAGAACGAGGUUCCUGGCGGAGAGGACAAGAUUCCUGGCGGUGAGGACAAGGUUCCUGGCGGUGAGGAAAAAGUUACUGGCGGUGAGGAAAAGGUUACUGGAGGUGAGGACAAGGUUGCUGGCG